CAUGCAAAGAUAGCAGCAAACAUUUGAGGAGUGCAACACACUACAUUUAACUGAUUCAGAGGGCGAGGACAAGAUGGAGAGCCCAGCCAAGGUCGCCGCGCCUUCAGGAGAAAAGAGACGCGCGCGUGUGGCUUCCCUUAUAUUAUCUGAAGCUCGGCACUGGCUUAGGGAGGAGGUAGGCGGUGAGCAGCAUGGUCGGAGCGGACUUGCCCCAGAGCAGCGCCCAGAGAAGAUGAAGGCAGGGGAUGUGUGUCGCUGCAUCUCAGACUUCUCGGGGAUUUCCUCUGAGGAGUUGACGCUGUAUAAGAAUGACAUUGUGCAGAUCCAUGAGGUGGUGGACAAGCACUGGUUAAGGGGGGAGGGGGGUGGCUCAGUGGGUCUCGUGCCUUCCAGUGUAUUAGUGGAGGUUGAGCUGCCCCCCCACCCCUCACACCUUCCUCUCUUCGUGGCCUCUGCUGAGUUCCUCCCAUCCCAGCCUGGUGAUCUGGGCCUGCGUCGAGGGGACUUUGUGGUGGGCCUGAACCCCAUUGAUGAGUCAUGGUGGUGUGGGGAGGCAUGGGGCAAGCAGGGCAUGUUCCCCAUCAACUUUGUGUGGCGCAUCAACAAGGACAUCCUGGAGGUGGAGGACACAUCAGAGAAAGCAGUGAGGAUGGUGGGUCGGGUCAAGUCAAGCAUUAUGGCCCAACUGCCUGAGGAACUUGACCUGUAUGCGGGCGACCUGGUCACCAUCACCCACAUUGUUGACAAGGAUUGGUACAGAGGGGAAAGCAAUGGUGCCACAGGAAUCUUCCCCAAGAGUUUUGUGGAGAUAGUGGAUGAGUCUUCAGUGCCUUCACCGCCUUCUGCCACACCAGAAGAGAACAAUUUCAUGGUUAGUGAUACUUCCUCGUCGUUUCCUCAGACUGAAGACACUCUGAGUGACUCCAUGUCUGCAGCCCCCCACCCUGCUGCCAUCCCAGCACAGCCGCAUCCGGCAGACAUGGUGCCGGCUUCUCUGGGGUACUCUGCCGCCUCCAUCCAUCCCUCCACGAGUCCAGGUGCCACACCAGGUGCCAAGCUCACCCCAGCCUUUACCCCACAGCCUACUGCAGAGACCACCAACCCUGCAACACUCCUCUCCAAGACAUCAACAGCCUGGAAGACUGUCGAUGAGGACGAUGGGGAUCUCUUUGAUGAUGACUACUUCAAGCAGAACAUGCCCGGCCUGUAUUCCUCCAAGGGGGACAGCAGCACUCCCUCAGCCUAUGCUGGUGAUCCUCCCUCAGCUUUAAGUGCAGCCAGUGGUGCCUCAUCGUCCCUUGCCACUACAGGUUCAAGGUAUGAGAAUAUUCCUGCCUCUGUCCCUCACGUAGAGGCCGAGCCCCCUGUACCUUUCCCUCCUCGUCCAGGAGAGGGGCAACAGCCAGACCAGUACAGGUACCAGAACAUUCCAGCGGAGCCACAGCACCUGAGAGAGGAUGGUGGAGCAUGGAGUGGAGGGCCUGAGCACAGUGCCUUAAUGGAGCAGCACAAUGGCCUCACCAAGAUGAACAGUCUGUCCCAGAAAGUGGAGAACUACCUCUCCAGCAGCCUGCAUGGGGAGUCAGGCACAGACCAAAGGGCAAAGUCUGCCUCGGGUGCUGAUCACACCUGGGCCUACAGAGGGCCAUCCUACACUGAGGACAACACGGGCAUUGAGCCGUAUGGCAGGGCGGUGUUCUCCUUCAAGGCUCAGUACCCCAAUGAACUCACAUUCAAGAAGGGUGAGAUAGUUCACCUGGUGCAGCACGUGGACUCACACUGGACUCUGGGCCGCUCUGGGGAUGCCGAGGGGAUAUUCCCCACAUCCUACGUGGAUAUCAUAGUGGAUUGUCCUCAUAGUGAGGAGCAGCACUUCCUUACCAGGCCAGAGGUCCCUCCAUCCGCCUUGCAAGUGGUGCAGGCCGUGGCCCAGUACGACUUCCAGGCGGAGCAGGCAGGGGACGUGUCCAUGAAGAAAGGCGAUUUUCUCACAGUGAUCAAGGAGGUGGACAACAACUGGGUGGUGGUGGAAAACACUACUGGCUCCAAGGGCAUGUGUCCCAAGAACUACUUAGUCAUUCUUAAGGAGACAGAGCCCCUGGAAGUGAGGGAGCCACAGAACAAAGUCCCAGACUCCAUCUCAGACAUGGUGGAGGAGCAGCAGCAGCAGUUAGGGUCGGCAGCAGAGGAUGUGGUGCAGCAGCGAUCCAGGAGUGCCUCACCACACACCACCGCUGUCAAGCGCCGCUCCUACACAAAGGACGACUUUGGCAUCAAGAAGCAGGACGUGGAGCAGGUGAUGGCGAGGAACAUGGCCUCCUUCCAUGCCACCACCAAGGUUGCUGUGGGGUGGCAAGAGAAGGGCGGCAGCAGCAGUGGCAGCGGUAGUGUUUUCACCGAGAGGGAGGUGUCCCCGGGUGAACACAGACAACCAGAAACUCAGAACCCAGGAAAGCCCAAGCCAGUGGUGCUUCCCAGGCAAAGCAAGAUUGUUCCACCUCUGAAGGCAGCUUACAGUGUUUCCAGGACACCCUCCACACCCUCCACACCCACCACACCAGCCACACCCUCCACCACACCAGUCACAGCCUCCACCACUGCUCCAACCACACCCACCACACCAGCCACUACACCAACACCAGCCACACUCUCCACCACUGCUCCAGUCACACCCACCACACCAAACACACCAAACACACCUUCCAGUACUGCACCAGCAACACCCACCACACCAAACACACCAAACACCACUACACCAGCCACACCCACCACCAGCAUAGCCACCACGACUGGUAUAGCCACCACACGAACAGGCCCCUUCACCUCCACCCGCCCAGCACCUCCACCUCUCAUUGCCCCUCGAACCAAAGUACUUCCCACCAGCAAGCCAUUUGUACCACCCACUGCCAAGCCCUCACAGCCAGCCAGCCAACCCAAACCCCCCACCCAGCCAAAGCCACAGAUGCACCCACAGCUCUUAAGCCAAACCCAGCCACCACUACCUAAUCAACCAAGACCUAAGCCACUAAGCCAGCAUCAGCCCUCCACCCAGUCACAGCCACAGCCAGUCUACUCCCAGGUGAAGAAGACGCCAAAGAAGAGUCCGGAAGAGGUGGAGGUAGGAGAGUCGGAGAAACAAUGCCUAAAUGAGAGUGCCAACAGUGCCAGCAGCAGUGCCACCUUCCCUGAUGAUGUGUGUCAGCUCUCUGUGGCCAGUGAAGCUACUUACUCAUCAGAAACCAGCCAUACCUCAUCCGGCUUUGUCCCUCAGAGGCCUGCCCCCCCUCCCCCUCCCAAGCUGCCUGACACUGAGGAGGAGGUGGAGGAGGUGGAGGAACAAUACUACUCUGCUAUUCCUCAAGAACCACAGGAAGCGAAACCUCAGGCAGUGGAGAUGGUAAGUGGAGAGGGCGAUGAGGAUGAGGAUGUGGAGGAAGAGGAGAAGGAGGAAGCAGUGGGUGAAGAUGGGGACGAUGAUGCAGAGGAGACGACAGGUGCAGCUCAGAAGCAGGAAACCAAAGCCAGUAUGCGUCGGGUCAUCAUCCAGGAGAUCGUCACUACAGAACACGAAUACAUCCAUGACCUUGAGUCGCUGCUGCAGGUGGUGCAGCUGGCGCCCUCCAGACCAGGUGGCACUCAGGGAGUCCACUUGCCCUCCCUCCUGGGUAACAUUCCUGAGGUCAUAGAUGUUGCCAAGAAGUUCUCCUCCCUUCUGGACCAGGCUGCCUAUGGGGAGGAUGAGGAGGUGUGUGUUGGGAGGGUGUUCUUGGCAUGUGCUGAGGAGAUGUGCCAGACCUACAAGGUGAACUGUGCCAACCAUGACAUUACCGUGGAGCCACUCAUGAGGAAGUAUGAGCAGGACACCGGGUCAGCGGCGUUCUUGCAGUGGAUGCUGAGGGAGUUGCAGCAGCACAAGAUUCAACUGCUGGACAUGAGAUCAGUGCUCAUCAAGCCCCUGCAGAGAGUGUUGAAAUACCCACUGUUCCUGGACCGCCUUGUGAGGGAGACACCAGAACACCACCCAGACCAUUUGGACCUGCUGGAGGCCAAGACUAUGAUGGCCAAUGCUGCUAAGGAGAUCAAUGAAUACACCAAAAGACUGGACCUGAUCAACAAGUACCGUGUGGAGAGUGACCAGUCGCUACAAGGCAGGAUGCAGAGAGUGUCCCUUCACUCUGUGUACAAAAGGUCUUCUCGCUUCACAACACUCAUCUCAGAAAUGUUGGGCAUUAUGGUGCAGACAAAGGACCUGGAUUUUGACAAGGAGGUGGACAAGUUCCGGUCGAUGCAGCGGUGUGCAGCAGUGUUGGCCCAGGAUAUGGAUGCGUUGCUGCAGGGGGUGAAGGCUCGGCACCGCGCGGAACUGGGCGUGGUGAAGGGCUUGAUAGAGAUCCUCCUGCAGGCCGGUGUGGAGGUGAAAUCCCUGCACAGUGUAGCUCUGGACUCAGCUGGGAGACUGUUUGAGACCUUUGACAACUUUGUGAGGCAGCGAGUGGCACUGCCAACCAAGGAGCUGGUGGUGCUGUGUGAGGUGCCAGACAGACUCAUCCUCAAGCGUAACGACAAACUGCUGGACUAUGACAAUGCGCAGUACAAGCUAGACCGCAACAGGGACCCCACACGGACCAGGAUUCUGAAAGAGGAACUGUCACAGGCACAAGGGACAUACAGUGCGCUCCACACCCAACUGAUGAUGGAGCUGCCAGUAAUGACCAGUAAUGGGAUGGAGGUGCUGAGUCUGGCCACCCGCUCCCUCAUCUCUGCACGCAUGUACCUCCAGGGACACCUUGCCCAUCUCUACCUGAAUCUUUCCCAGGCUCUGGGAGUGGCUCUGACGGGGGAGGAGGAAAUGCUCACACAGUUCCGGGUCAAAUACCUGCAGCAGGUGGGUGAGUUCCGGCAGCUGAGUUUCAUCCCGACCAACGUACAGUUCUCACUGCCAAGACAGUCAACUCGUGCCAAUAAGAAUCCUGAGAGUGGCGGGUCCAGGAGAGAACAUGAGGUGGCCAAGACGAAGGUGGUGGGUCAGUACCCCGGGGAGAUGGUGUAUGUAGUGCGGGAGGUGCACACGCCAGCAGAGGUGAUGGAGCUGACGCUGUACCCUGGUGACCAUGUGGCACUGCUCAAGAACAAGGACCCGCUGGGCCGGGUGGACCGCUGGUUUAUGGACGAUGGAGAUAACAAGGGUUUUGUGCGAGUGUCUUGCCUGAAGCCCAUGCUUGAGUCUGAGAGAGGAGCAGCGGACACUUCUCUGCUGCCAGGAGCAACUGGCACUGUGGCCCUGCCCACCCGACCAGCACCAGUUACCGCCAGCCCCCGACCCUCCACCGUGCCCCGGCCUGCCCCAGCACCUCCUGAGCAGGCACCCCCUCGCUAUGAGGACAUCUUCCCCAUGGUGCCCACCACCUUGCCCCAGGGCACAGGCCUCCCCCAGGCUCCCCCACCUCGAUACUCCUCUGAGGGCACAGCCACAUUGGCCUCCCAGCCUCCCCUGCCCAGCAAGCCAGAGCCGCUGUCUCCUCAUGGUGAUGGCCAACUUUGCGAGACGGACUACUACUCUCCACCCCUGGACAGACAGCCGUCUGCUGAAUACAACUCUCCUGUCUCUGAGGAACACAACAUAUAUGAGGAAAUUGACCAGAUCCGUGGCAGCUGCAGGGGUGAGAAUGGAGCUUCAGGCCAGGAGGACACCAGCCCCAUCUAUGAGGUGAUCAAGGACGGGGAGAUUGUCCCUGAUGAAAAGGACAUGCCGCCAGAGUUAGCUGAGCCACUGUUCUACUAUGCAUUGUACAACUUUGGUGGAUCAGAUGGGACUCAGCUGAACCUGACAGCGGGACAGGUGGUGCGGGUGCUGUACGCUGUCUCCUCGGACUGGUGGUUCGUGGAGGAACGGUCAGGCAAGCAGGGUUACGUUCCUGCAUCCUAUCUCACCAGGUACACCUAGAUUUUGUCCUCCAGCUACUCCACUACUACUACUUCUACCACUACUACUAAUAUUGUUACUGCUGGUACUGUUGCUGCAUAGAUGCCUCGUGGCUGCAAUAUCUGUGUAAAGGCUUCAAUGACUCAGUUUAUGGCAUUCGUCAAUGUGGACAGCAAGUGUUUCCCACAGGGGUAGUUACCUGUAGGCAUGUCUCCUGAAUGUGUCAAGCUACAACUGCAUUAAGGCAAAACUGAGCUUUUCUUCACUGUAUCUAUGUAAUCAGCAGAGUGUACUAUUUUUACAUUUACUAAUUAUUUUCAUACUUAUUACAGGUUUUUACUCUUUAUCGUUUUAUUGCAAGGAGAGAUUUAUGCAUUCAUCAUAUUUUACUAUUUAGAAAGUCUUACCACUUCUCAUGACAUGUAAGUAAGUAAUGUUUUAGGUUGGUGUGUGAGGAUCUUUUGAUGUGUUGUGGAUACCUUGUGUUUUAUGUGUUUUAGGGCAUUGGGGAAGCAAUUUGGGAUUUAACAUUUAUGUGAAUUAUUAUGUAAUCUUAUAUCCUUUCACCUCAGUAACCAAAGAUUUUCCACAUUUGAUCUGAUUGAAGUACUGUUAACAAGAGGCUUUUUAGUGUGGUGUGGCUUGGUUUUCUUAGUCAGACUUAGUUAGACACUACACUUAACCCUUGGCUAUCACGCCCAAUUGGGGCCGAAAUAGCCGCGCCAUAGCUGAAAACGCGAUAGCCGAAUUGAUCUUGGCGGGAAGGCGGUUUUGGCCAAUGAGCGCUCAGAUAUCCCAUGACAUCAUGGCGGGGCGCGCGAUAGCAGACAUCUGAGGUCAUGAUAAUGAAAUUUUAGCAGCUUUUCAUGGGUGCGUGAUAGCAAUAAAACGCAAUAGCUGAAGUCGCGAUAGCCGAGGGUUGACUGUAAUGUAAUUUCUUGAACCAAGACAAUUUCCUGACUAAAUGAACACCAGAUAGUAACUCGUUAAGUGAAGAAAAAUAGAGUAAAGUUUUUGUGUAAGACAGACAGGAGGUUGUCUGUUGAGGUGAUGUGUGUACUGGUGGCCCAGAAGGGUGUCCAGGGGUGGGGGCCACCGUGCUCCCUCGUCCCUGGCCACCCGUGCAUACAGGAAGUGUAUUUCAUUUGUUAAAGAUGUUGAGCAGAAAAAAGAUUGCCAUUGGUUCUCAGCUUUGUAUGCAGUAUUAAUUUAAUUAAUGAAAGCAAAGAUAACCUGUGAUUCCUAACCGCUGAGUGCUCCCAAGGGAACAUUGCUCAAUUGGAAAUGUUCUUCCCGUCAGACGGAUUCUCCAAGACAGUUGCCAUGUUCUUGAAGAGUAGAGUUAAAAAUUAUCCACUAUUUUUGAAAAUAAUGAAAAAAAAAAAAAAAAAAGCAAUGUUACAAUUUUUGCACUUUGGUAUAUAUAUUCAUAUAUAUCUAUAUCUAUACAUAUAUAUUCUUAUGUAUAUUUAAGUGUGUGCUUGCAGUACUAUUAUGUUGUACAUAUUCCAAAGCCAUGUGUGUAUGUAGUGUUAAGUGUCUUGAUGGCUGCACACCGGGCGUGGUCACCUGCGUGUGCUGCAGACGGUGUUGUGACUCCCAGGUGCAGCCAAGCUGCUGCUUACUGAUGGAUGUGAUAAUACUCAUAGUCGUUGUGUGGCUGCUGAGGUAUUCAUUGCCAUUGAAAGGAUCUGAUCACACUGAUUCAUGUUGUUCAUGUAAGUUGUGAUAUGAUGUUUUAGUAUACUGUGCCACUAUUGCCAGAUCACACUGUAUGUAGUGCACUGGUCUGAAGUGUCACGACUACAUUUAAAGAUGGGUUCCUGAAGUGUUUGGUUUGUAUGUUGUAUACUCAUAUGUAUAUGUUUGGUGGUUCAGUUAGUCCUUAUAUCAAGGUGUGAUCUGAAAUUCAUUCCCACAGCUGUACAAUUAUAAGUGUGCUUAUGAAGUGAGUGAGUAGUAAGUGGAUGCAGGAAAUGUGACCUGCUUGUGUGUAUGCUUGUUUAUUUCCUCAGUCACUGCCCUGUCACAGUCUUUGCUGCACCAGGCUCCUCUGAGCAGCAUGCAUGUGCCGUGUGUGCUGAUAAAUGUUGUCCCUGGGAAGGGGUUCCACAAGCCAGGGAUUUAUUCAUGCUGACUACUUACUAGUCUGAAAUAGUUAAUGUUAGAUACACUUUGCUUCUCAGCAGUACUCUGAUGAAGGGUAUUUUAGUGUAAUGUACAAGUAAAAGUUGCAUCACCCUAUGUGUUGUGACCACUGAGAGGCCUUGUGUGACAUCCUCGGCUAGUUACCACUUUGGUGUGUUUUGUACUUCUGACUUAAUGUGUUUGUAGAAGGGUGUAGGAGAGGGACCUGAUUUAUUGCUUUACACAACACUCCUGGCCUCAUGCAGGGCUGACAAACACUGACCAUGUUGAUAAUACACUUGUUAAAAGUAAUUAUCUGUUACAUUCUCUCUCUCUCUCUCUCUCUCUCUCUCUCUCUCUCUCUCUCUCUCUCUCUCUCUCUCUCUCUCUCUCUCUCUCUCUCUCUCUCUCUCUCUCUCUCUCCACCAUGACCUUAGUAUAUGCCAAGACAAUUAUCACAAUAACGAGCAAGGUGACACUAACACUAAUAUUCUGAGAGGUAGGGGACUGUAUACAUGUUUCAUUUGGCAACUAGAGGAUGUGACGAGUGGGAACAUUGGCUGCUUGCCGCUGUGUAUAUUCCAGAGGCCUUCCACUGAUGUGUGUAGAUGCACCAAUCAGCAAUACUUUUUAUAUCUGAUCCUCUCAUUAUAUGUCUAGGCCUCUGGUGGGAGAGAUUUUAACCAUAUUUACUUAUAAAGCAGAAACUGUAA